GGAGGAGCUAUUCUAGGUCUAAAUUAAAAGAAAAUUAAGAGAAACGACCCCAAACAAGCACGGAGACUGUGUGUCUUGGUUUGGAGAAGAGUGUCGCGUGUCUCACGGACGAGCCGAGGCCCUGCGACAGCCCGUCCCGCAACGGGCGCUCGGGCCCGCAGUACCGGGAGUCGUCACUGAACAGGUUUAGUGGGAAAACGGCACUGGGUCCCGCCGGAAAGCGCCCAUAAUGCAUUGCGGGACCACGACGCCGGGACCACGUCUCCAGGUUUGCCCUCAGAGGCUCCCGCCGGAAACGCGGGGCUGCGGGCGACCGGCGGGCGCAGCAGCGUCUCACUCAGCGUCGAGCCCGAGCGGAGGGCACCUGCGGGCUCACAGGCCGUCUCUCCACUUUCGUGUCGUUUGCAACUGCUCAGAACCACUUUUUUAACUUCUGAGAAAGAGCAUCGCGUCAUUUACCUCGUGCUUUUGGCUCAUAUUUAAAGUGACUUUUUCUGGUAUUUACGUCAGAAAACCCCCGCGCGCCGCAGCGGGAAGGCGAGCCCGCGCUACAACGGGUCGCGGCGCUGACGCACGCACGCUGCGACCCCGCGCCCCUCGCGCCUUCAGACACUCGCGCGAACUCCCGGGACGUGCGCGCGAGAGAGCCCGGAGGAAUUUCCGGAGAGGCCGGGACCAGCGAGGGGCCGCAUUUCCUAGAAAGCCACCGGAAGUGGGUGGUGGAGGACUGGGAAGCGGCGCCGGCGCAGGCGCAGAGGUGCCUGGUUGCUGGUUGCUUGGGGGUGGACGGGCGGGAAGGCCUGCACCUGCAGCCGGUGUGCGACGGGCGCUCAGCCGCGGGCUCUCGAGCGGCCAGCCGGCACCGCAGGGUCUUCCGCGGGAAGGGCAGGCUCCGCGGCGGGGUCGCCCUGCAAACCGGGCUCUCCCACAGGUGCUCCGGCCCGCUCCCGCUCUUCUUGCUCUCAGCGGCCCCUCCCUUCUUUGAUCCCGUCGACUGUCCUCCCCGGCGUCCGCGCCUGCGCUCAUUCCUUGAGCCGCUGGUGCAGGUGCUGUUUGGGGCGUUGCAAGCAUAGCCGUGCACACAGUGUCCAGAACUCCCUGCCCUCCAGAGCCUAGGAGCCUAGAGUUAGGGAGGGACCGACCAGACGUAACAGACGCGGGACUAGAGUAAUUUACCGUGUCGGGAAGUGGGCGAGCGCUGUUGGAAAAAAGAGGAAAGGUAAAGCCAGGUAAGGCGUCUGGGUUGGAAAGAGAGCAGGUGGCGACCUUAGUAGGGCACCUAGAGUCGAUCUCGGGAAGAAGACAGGCAAGCACUGGAAAGCCAGACCAUUUGCCGUGAGGAUUGCUUGAGGUGCAGGGACAGCUGGUGCAAAGGCCCUAAGCUGGAAGCCAAGGGUCUGUGUGCGUGAGGUCGGUUGAACGAGGAGACUAGUAGGAGCGGUACUCGGCCCAUCCACCUAGACGUGUAUGCCCCUGGGAGACCAGCUUUAUUCUGAAUAAGCGGCAGAGAUGGCCAGAAGGAAUGGGCGCAUUUAUACAGCUUUGUACACCACCGCUUUGAGUAAACUGGAGACUGGGAGGUUUUAAACGGAGAUGAAAUAAUCCAGUUUAGUUUUAAGCCUACCCGUCCAACCGUUGUGUUGAGAAGAGGCAGAAGGGAAGGACAGACACAGGGAGACCAGCUAGGAAGAAUGGAGAGCAAGGCGGCGGAUGGCGGCCUGGACCAGGAUGGUAGCUGUGGAGGUUCUGUUCCAGAUACGUACCAUUUUCAGUUUGUCUUCCUGGGCUUCCUCUUCCACAGAUAAUCCCCAGCCACUCCUCCCUGUGUUCGCGGGCCUCUCUUUUCCUUUUCGUGGAAUAUUCAGAAGACAAGGGGUGAUGGUGUCACAUGAGAGUCCAGGCCCUCCACGCCAGCUGCCUGGGACCCCUGAUGCUGAGCUCCUUCAGGAAAGAGCCCCGCCGGCGCCGCAGCACCGCGCGUCUGCCCCAGAGGGAGGCCGAGCAGCCCCGCCAGGAGCGAAGAGCGCGGGGGCACCGGCUCUCGUUUCUGCGAACCUUCUCCCGCAAGGCCUCCCGCGCCCGCGUCUAAGCGCACCGCGGGGUUUCCUGCAGGACCGCGGGCGCGCGCGGCCUCGGGACUCGGUGACGUUUGAGGACGUGGCCGUGCGCUUCAGCGGCGGAGAGUGGCGGCGUCUGACCCGCGCUCAGCGGCGCCUCUACGCGGCCGUCAUGCUGGACAACUACGGGCUCGUGGUAUCGCUCGGCUUCGCCGGCCCCAAGCCGCCUCUCAUCUCCUGUCUGGAGCGUGGCGCCGAGCCCCGCGUUCGCGAUCUGCAGGACUGGGGGCUCCUGAGCUGCUCCUUCCCAGUGUCAGCGGACCGGACCAGGCCCGGGACUGAGAGGGCAAGUUCAGAGCAGGAGGUGUCUGAGGGUGGGGAAGUCGGCGGCGUCCUGUCCGGGCACCCUGAGGCUGGAGGAGCUUGUGUCCAGGAUGUCAAGUCGGAGAAUGCACGGCACCCGGCCGGGGUGGAGACACUGGGAGAGGAAAAGGGGACCCUCGAGGAAGGAAGGGCCUGGGCGGUGCUCGCCAACAACUUGAGCUCAGACUCCAAGUGCACCCCGCGCACCCGAGCCCUGACCGCACGGAGGCCCCGCCCUGGUGCCGCGCGCGGCCAUACCUUCCCGCUUCUCCACGGGCGCGUCCGUGCUGGCGAGAAGCCCCACGCGUGUCACGAGUGCGGGAAAGCGUUCAAGACCAGAAAGCAGCUGCGUGUGCACCGCGUCACGCACACGGGGGAGAAGCCCUUCCGCUGCGCGCAGUGCGGGAAGGCUUUCAGCAGCCCGUCGGCGCUCUGCCGGCACCGCAAGGCGCACGGCGGGGAGAGGCCGCACGGCUGCGGCGCAUGCGGAAAGGCCUUCGGCAGCGCGAGCCGGUUGCGGCGGCACCAGCGGGUACACAGCGGCGAGCGGCCGCACGAGUGUGCGACGUGCGGCAAGGCCUUCCGCUUCCGGCACUGCCUCACCCUGCACGGCCGCACGCACACCGGGGAGCGGCCGUACGCGUGCGGGCAGUGCGGCAGGGCCUUCCGCGGCAGCUCGGACCUCGCCAAGCACUGCCGGAUCCACAGCGGCGAGCGGCCGUACCCGUGCCGCGCGUGCGGGAGGGCCUUUCGCCGGAGCUCCGACCUGCGCAAGCACGCGCGGACGCACGCGCGGGAGCCGGCCGCAGGCUGCCCACAGUGCGGCGGCCGCGCGGAGCCGUGCCGCCCCCCGACGGCCCACGCCCCCGAGAAGCCCUACCCGUGUGGGCAGUGCAGCCGCGCCUGCCGCCCCCAGGGCCCGCGCGGGGCUCCUGAGCGCGCGCGCCGCGGCAAGAAGCCGCACCUGUGCGCGCACUGCGGCAAGGCCUUCCACGAUCGGCACGGCCUGGCCGUGCACCAGCGGCUGCACACCGGUGAGAAGCCGUUCGCCUGCCCCGAGUGCGGGAGGGCCUUCCGCGGGAAGUCCAACCUGACCAACCACCGGAGGAUCCACACCGGCGAGAAGCCGUACGCGUGCGAGGCAUGCGGGAAGGCCUUCCACCACCGCUCGGGCCUGACGCAGCACCGCCGGAUCCACAGCGGGGAGAAGCCCUACCCCUGCCGCGAGUGCGGCGCCGCCUUCCGCCAGCGCGCCGCCCUGGUUGGGCACCAGCGGGUGCACACGGGGGAGAAGCCCUACGCAUGCGAGCAGUGCGGGAAAGCCUUCAGGGUGAGCGCGAACCUCACGGGACACAAGAAGAGGCGACAUCGAGGAUGGCGAGGCCACGCGUCUGGGGAGGGUGGGAAGGCCCCUUUCCCCGGGACCUGUCCGACCUCCUCCGUAGGCGGGGUUUGACCCGCAGCCCCUGCGGAUGCCAUCUGUGUUGGCGCUUUCCGUUCUCCUUAAGCCCUGGAGCCUGGUUCUUCCCGGCUUGCUGCCCCCGACUGAGCUCCCCGGAGCCUGACCGCCCUGGGGAGUGUUGGGGCGAGCACCUGCACUGCCAGUGGGGAAUGCCAGUCAGUAAUGCUAUCAGGUAUCUCCUAGCCUCGGAGCACGCCAGCCACUCUUCUAAGGGCUGUGCAGUGCCAACUCGUUGACUGCAUAAAACAUCCCUACAGGAUGGGGAAAUUAGGGCAUAAAAAGAUGAAACUUGCUCAGGAUCACUUAGCUACUAAGUUCUGCACAACCACCCCACCCCCACCGCCCUGACAGGCUCCAGCCUGCACCUGCAACGCAUCUCUUAGAUGUGAGGCUACAGCUCAGUUCAGCAUGGAGCACGUUUUAGUUCAUAAAAUAUUGAUCAAUUUUAGCAAGGCUUUGGUUUUGUUUUAACUUAAAGACUGAUGGUACUUUUCCAUAUGGGCUCAGAAUUGCUGAGACCGGGAUGGGAAAGGAAGACAGGAUGGGGCAGAUUUAGAAAUCAUAGAUAAGUGGGAUCUAGCUAUGCGCUGCUCCAGUAACAGUUUACAUAUGGAAAGACCAUGAAGCCCAUCUCACUUUGUUAUAAAUACAUCAAAAUGUCAAUGUGUUGAUUUCUUAAAAUUUGCUGUAUUUAUUUGCAUGACAUAUGAAAUGCUCUUUAAAAUGUAUGAGAAAUUUGCAUCUAUCUUUCCAAGUCUUUCAGUAUCUCUUAACAGACACCCUUUCUCUUUCAAACGUUACGUAUUUUUUACAGACAGAAUUAAAAUAAAUAACCACAACCAACAAGGCUGUUAAUUAGACAUUGAAAAUCCCAGGGGCACCUGGGUGGCUCAGUUGGUUAAGUGUCAGACUCUUGAUUUCAGCUCAGAUCACGAUCCCAGGGUUGUGAGAUUGAGUUCCCCACUUGGUGGAGAGUCUACUGGAGAUUCUCCUCUCUCUCUCCCUCCCUCCGUCUCUUAAAAAAAAAAAAAAAAAAAUUAGAGAUUUUUAACCUCAUCACCUUAAUGCAAAAUCUGAGAAAUAUGUCACUCUGAACAUUGAUACAAUGAGACUGUUUCCACUUUACCUUCACAACGGAAGUAGGGAAUGCACACUUCACUCAGUUUUCAGAAGUGGAAUAAGAUCCAGGUUUCAGAUUUUGAACCACCCAUGAGCAGAGAUGUGUUCUACAGCUUCUACACGUGGUGCAGUUGGGUGUCCUGCCAUCCCCACAGAGCGAGUUUCACUCACUGCCCACAAAACAGUCUUUUAAAAUUUUCAAGACAAAUCAAGCAAGCACUUCUUUUUCCACAAGGCAAAAUACCUGAAAUUUCUUUAAUGCUUUCUCACUGUUUAUUUUAAAAUGUUCAGAAAACAGCUGAAGAUUCCCAGAGCUGAAGCUAGGUGUCUGGGGUUUCUCGCUGCAGACCCGAGAGCCCGCUGGCAGUCUCCCCGGUGGGUGUCUGGAUCACAGCAGUGUUCUAGGAAGACAGUGACCAAGUGGAAGAUGGGUCUGUGAGGGUCAUGUCUCGAAGUCUUGGACUUUCCUUCUGUUCCCUUGGUCUGUCUGUCCUCACAGGGCGCUGACCUGGUUAAUUACCACAGCUUUAAAAUCUCUAAGUCCCAUUUCUUUUUCUUCAAGACCAAGUUGACUGUUCUUGGUCAAGACUGUAUGUGUCCGUGCAGGGGAAAACUCGGUGUUAUAAAGAUAUCAGUUCUUCCCAGAAUUGAUCAAUAGCUUCAUUGCAACCUGAGUAAAAAUUCCCCAGAGCGCAUUUUUGUGGACAAACUGACGCUAGAAUUUCCUAGCCAAGACCUACAAAAGGCAACCUUUUAUCCUUCUAUGAGUAAACUUUGGCUAAUAUUUGUACCUUCAGGCUAAGAAAGGAUUUCUCAAGACAUCAGAAAAGGUUAAUUUUAAAGAAAAUUUUCUGAUAAAUACAG